CCGUAGUGUACAUGAACAUGGACUUUAGUCAGCCAGACUUGAGUCAGAGCGAUGAGACGCCGUGCUUCAUGGUGGAGAACUCCCAGCUGGAGACCAAGGCGGAAGGAGACUACUGUAACAGUGAUGGGGAGGACGUCAUCUUCAGACACAAGAUGUUAGCGAAGUUAUCAGCUCUGAGGGACAGCAGUACCAGUCCUAUCAUGGAAGUAGAGAUGAUGGCAAAUGGACACAAAUGCCACAUCACCAUGGCAACAGGUGCACCAGGCCAACCAGGAGGUAGCCAGCAUCCUGGACCAUCAGGUCCUCAAAGUGCCGGGGCCUCGGGAUCAGGUAGCCAAGGUGGAGGAGCAGAGGAUGAUGGGAAUGGAGGGGCAGAGCCAGGUGGAGGAGGAGGCGGGGGUGAUGGAGGUGGUAAUGAUGAUGAUAACGAUAACGAUGAAGAGGAAGGAGGUGAUGAUAGCCAUCAUGAGGAGGAGGCAGACACAUCGACCUCCACUCCGCAGAGCAGUGGAAAUAGCAGUGGCAGAGGGACGACGUGAAGUAGACACAGGAUCAGAGAGUGAAGGGCUGGGUGGACUUAGUGAAGCAUCUACAGCCCUUGUGACUGACUCAGAAAUGUCUCCUGCUCGUAGGAGUGUGCCUCAUCUAACUAGCCCUGGUACCAGCAAGCUGAGUGGCAGUAGUAAGCUGAGUGGCAGCAGCUCCAGUGGCAGUGUCCAGCUACAGUCCUCAACCAUCAGCACAGUCAGCUCAUUCACUAGCAGCUCCAGUGGGUCCAGCAGCCACAUAGAAACUCCAUUAAAAAAGUCGCCCAGAAAAUCUCCAAGAAAGUCUGAAUCUACGAUUAAGAUGUCUCCCUUGAUAACGAAGUCCCCAAAGAAGUCUCCUCACAAGUUUCCCAGGAAGGCCGGCCAAACAAAAGAGUCCCAAAUGAAGGCAAGAAGACGUCUUGGUGAGGAGGAGCUUUCUGCAGCAAGGGAUGCAGAGGCAAAACCGCCAGAGGAAGAGAAUACAAAGCCAGAGGGAGGAGGGUCAGGUAGCAGUGGGGCAAGUAAUAAGAUCCACGAGCACACGUCAGGGGAGCUGCGUAUGGAGGUACACACUGCCAUGGAGGAACAGCCCUUGAGUAUACCUGACUCACAGCCCACAGGAAGGCCAGACUCGCCUAACCCACUGUCUUCACAACAGGAUAUGUUUUUAGAAGAAAUCCAGAGACCCCAAGAUGAGCAUGCCCUAUCCACCCCAGCUGAAAACCUGGGCUGUCUGCAGCUGUCAGGAGAACCCAUGUUAGUGCAGGACACCAGUCUGUCAUCAGAGGGAGGUUCUGAGAAUGUCAUCUCCCCCUCACCAGAGGCGUACGGCCACACCCCACACAUCAUCCCAUCCUCACCUACACAGGACACACAGGAACAAGAUCACCCUGUGGAAGUUGCAGAAGACCCUCCUGUUCCGUCAUCACCAGCAUCGUCACAGACUGCCCAGUCUGUGCAAGAACUUGUAGAUCAUCCAUGGCAGCCAAGUGAACCACAGUGGUCCCAGGAUCUGCUUGCAUCAGGUCCAGAUGAAGACCAAAGUGUGAAGUCUGCUGAGAUGACUAAGGACUCAGCCAGCCGACCUCCCUCCCUACACCUGCAGCUUUCUGAUACACAACUUACAUCAGGUCCUGAUGAAAGCACAUUACAGGGAGCGAACAACAAAGCUGAUUCAGCUUUACCUACAGAACAAACCAAACCAGAAGGACUAAAGAGCAAUGAGACUGAAAGUUCCUCCUCCUCUGGGAGUAGUCAGACAGGCAGGAGGAGUGAACGGCAGGAGUUAAAACAAGCUCUAGACUUCUUGAAAGGAAUGUUUCCUAGUCUGGAUGAGGACAUUCUAAGCAGUGUUUACAAGGCGCAAAAUCGUUCCCUGGAAGCUGCCAUUGAGCAGCUACUGGAGAUGAGCCAAGGGAGUGGAGUGAUCGGAGUGUCGGUGGAAAUGACAGAGGAUGUGCCAAUAGAGAAGAAACCGGAAAGUGUGACUGUCAGGGUGCAAUCAUUAGGAAAAGCUGAAGGCAACAGUGUUCAGAAGAAACAUGUUUCACUUUGGAACAUGGCAAGCACCAGCAAAGAUGAUCUGCAGACAUCAUAUAGCCAGGUUGAAAUGAUCGGAGAAGAUGGGAGCCAAGAAAAAGAGGAAAUCAGAAAGUCUGAUGACAAUGAGAAGCAAGAUGUGACAGAGGACAUCGCCCUGAAAGAGGGUGGUGACAGGUCUUUGCAGAGGGAAGAUAACACUGAUGAACAAGAAGAAGGCUCUGAUGUACAGGACAAUUGGGCACUUCAUUUUACCCCAUCCUUGGAUGGUUCCCAGUCCCAAAACUUGCAAAGUCGGUUGAGGGAAAUGAGUGGGGACUUAGACCAGUCCACAGAGCUAGAGUUAGCACCAAGCCAGCUGCUCUUCCUACCUCAAGCUACCAACCAGCCGAAGGGACCAGCUCCUACAGAACAUUCCAGUGAAGAAGUGGAACAUGUAGCUGUCACAGACACCAGUUCCCAAAAAGGUGAAGAAGCAGACAAGGGUUCGGGUGUUGAGGAGGAAGCUGACAUUUCAGUUGCAGAAGAAGAUGGCAAAGGAGAGGCUGCUCUCAGUGCUGGCCACAGUAAAACAUCCAAAGAAGAUUCCUGCAUAGAAGUUGUUCUUUGUGAUACUGAAAAAGAGGAGCCACUAGGAGACAACAGGGCAACACCUUCAGCACAGGCCAACAACUCAGAGUCUUCAGUUCCCUUCCACCUUGCACUCCCCAAAGAUGGAGGGCUGUUCCGACCGAUUGCCACCACCCCUCCCCUCAUGAAAGCCAAGCGCCCCCGCCUGCCCAGACACAGCACUCCCCUGCCUGACUACACAGAGUCUCCCACGGACACCACACCAACUAGUGCAGUCACUAGUGCUGUCACCACCCCUGAAGGGAAUGGUAGUGCCUUUGCUGACCCAGGUUCCAGUGGGGGGCAGGGACCAACCACUCCCGCCAAUAGGGGUGGGCAGCCUGGGGCAGGGCCUCCACUACAGAUGAGGAUGGGAGCUGUACUGGAGAGCCAGUCAGAUCAUACACAGGAGGACAACCAGCAACCUCUCUUUCAGCUACAAAAACCCCCAGAGCUGGAUGCUGACCGGCUGAAGGCCAUCAAGGAGAGUCCCAGCAAACUCCCCUCCCUCUUCACCAGGGUGAGAGAAAAGGUCCGGCCUCAGCAGGAGGAACAGGACAGCAGCUCUGAGGAAGAUGAUGCACCUCAGCCAGCGGACAGUGAAGACUUGUUUGGUCCUCCUGUAAGCAGCAGGAAGACGGGAAAGAAGGGGAAAGGCCGCAAGAGGAGGCCAGUUCAGUUAUCCGACUCUGAAGAGGAGUCAAAGAUUAGCCAGGCAGAUGUGAUGGAAGUUCCUCAGGAACAGCACACAUGUGGAAUAACCCCAGAGAAGAUGGAGAAACCUGAAGUUAAGGCUGAAGCACAGACAGAGCCACCUGAGGAGAUAAAGGAUUCCUGUCAGUCAGCAGCCAGGGAACAGUCUCCUGACAGCAAGUCUAAAGAGAGGGAAGAGCCAGUUCACCCUCUCACAAAGUCCCAGUCUGUGUCAUCUAAUGCAGACACCCUGGAGUACUGGAGAAGUAGUGAGGAGGGAGAACAGAUGCCUGGGCAGCUGGGUCCAGAUGAGACUGGAAAACAAGGACAAAGAGAAGGCGAAUCAAGUGAUGACCAUGCACAACUCAUCAAGAAGAGAAAAAGAUCCCCAACUGCUACAGAGACAGUUGCUACCUCUCAUACUACUGAAAGAGAUGAGAUACCUGCUGUAACAGAAGAUCCAAAGACUCCUGAAAAACUGCCAGGAGAAGAGAAGGAUCCUUAUGAGUACACUUCACAGGUGAGCCCCAUUCAGGACAGGAGAAAGAGGAGGCAGGUGGUGGCAGCAGGGUUGGGAAGUCCACCAGCUUCUAUCCCCACAUGGAAGGGCCCCUCUACACAGUCAGCUUCAACAACCAGGGUAGUGGGAAUACAGGCAAAUACCCAACCAUCACCUACAAGAAAAACCUCGAAAAAGAGGAAAGAAGUUCAGCCCAAAUCUGCAACACUUGGGGCACAUGGUGGGGGAACCUCCCCAUCAGGACGUGGUUCAACCCCAAGUGCCCAGGGCAUCAGCACAGAGCAGGGACAGCCCACUGGUGGGGAUGGGGGUGAGGAAAAGGAGGAGGGAAGAGGAGAUGGGAAGAGGAUGGCAGGAGAUGGAGAUGGGGAAGACGGCCAACCGCCUCGGAAAAAGGUGAAAAUCGACGAGGAAAACGACACAGAAUCUGCUGGAGGGGAAGAAGAGAGCCCACCACAGUAUGUUCGUGAGACAACCAUCACCACCAUCACAGAAACAAUUGUCAAGAGAGUUAUCACAGAGAAAAUCAAACGUGGACAGAAAAUUGUGGACUACCAAGUGAUAGAGGAGACAGAGGACCCAGUGGUAGACAUAGAGGAGGAAGUGUCCAUCUCACCAAGUAUAUCCCGGACUGGCAGCUCACUCAUGUCAGGGGAACUCGCAGACAUCAGCUCUCUCUCUACAUCAGCUUCAAAAUCAUCUCCCUCAAGCUUGUCUAAAAGCCUCAGCUCAUCAAGCUUGAGUAGGACUAGCAGCUCGGGUCCUAGUGUGGCCAGUCUGGAGAGAACAUCCUCCAGCCAGUCCAAGUCCUCCAGUUCCUCCCCCAGCGCAGGUGGGGAUCAGAGGGGGGACACCUCCCACGGAGGGGGUAAGGACCAGGAGGGCUUCACCAAACCUGUGGGGUCACCCAGGAGACGGAGGUCAGGGAUAGGCAGCCAGCUCUUGGGUCAACAGUCAAAGGUGACAAGCGGCAGUCAAAGGUGGGAGGUCAGUGAAGCUGGAACACAGACGGAUGCUGCUAGCAGCAGUGCAGGCAAAGGUGCAGAGGACAAGGCUGAAAAGAGAAGACCGGAAGGAGAGGAGAAAGGGGAGAGAGAACAACAGUCUAGGAGAAGAAAAAGCAGCCGUGUGAGACAAGCAGAAGAAACAGUGAGCUCAGAAGAACUUGAGAGGGAAACAAACUCUUCUAGGAGAGCAUCAACGACAGCUAUACAGAAGGGAUCUGACAGUACAGAAGAAGACACAGGCAGACAUAGCAGGACUAGACUAGUUGGCCCCUCUGGAGAGGACAGUGGCAGAACUGCAGAAGAGGACCUGGCAGAAGCAGGACCAGCUGCACAAACAUCUGAGAAGAGUCCACGGGGGCGGAGACCCAGAGGAAGGACAAGGGGCAGUCCUCGAGGCAGAGGGAAGAGAGGGGGAUCAUCUGCUGGGAGAAGGUCUGCAGACAGGACUGCUAAAACACCUCGAGGUCGCAAGGAAAGCAGAAGUAGCUCAGCAGCAAGGUCAUCUAGGUCUUCUAGGGGACAAGAGAGUGAAGAUCAGAGCAGUGAAAGUUCUGAGGAGAGAGCAGGAUCUCCAGAAAUUCCCUUUCAAGGGGUGCAACAGAGGCUGUCUGGAAGGAAUGACAAACCACAAGAAGAAGUAACUAGAGAGUCCUCAGACAGUGGAGGCUCAGAGCCGAGAGAAGGGGCUCGUGUGAUGGCCUUGCUUGUGAGUGACAAGCACUGGUACCCUGGUGUCAUCCUCAAGACACUGAAAAACGACAGGUACCUGGUCAGGUUUGAGGAUGAGGAUGAGACUACUGUCCGUCCGAGGGAAAUCGCAGCCAGGAACUUGAUGGUGGUGUCCCGCCUGCCUGUCAACACGGCUGUCCUGGCUGGUGUAGAGGAUGUGCAGGACUGUGUCUACGCACCAGGGAUUGUUCGAGGUUACCAUCACAGUGGAGAGACGGGGGCAGAAGACUAUCUGGUGGAAUUCAAUGAUGGAUCCACUGUCAGAGCACCCCAUGCCAAUGUAAUCCUGAACCCAGAACAGGCUGCAGCAUACCGGGCUCAAAUCAUGAGAGUUUCUGAAGUGUCUGCUUCUGUUUCUUUGGACAAUCUUGUCACUGGAAAGAGGAAGAGACCUGGGACUGCUAAGGAAUACAAAACUCCAGACAGAGGAAGAGCAAUCAGGGAAACUGAGUACAGCUCUGGAGGCACAAGCAGUAGCAUAACAACUCCGAGGGGCCCACAGGCUAAGAGAAGAAGGCGGAUGGAAGAGGCUGAGGAGAUGGACCGGGGGACAGGACAGGCACCCAAACCUUCAACUUCUUCUCCUGUCAGAGGUGUUCCCACCCUACCAGCAGGUAUAAUGGACAGUCCCCAGCCCCAGUCUGCCCGUCGCUCCCUGCGCAGCCAGGACGAUCAAGAGCAACUGGGCCCCCUCCCUACCAACAGAAGACUGUUCAGGGGCUGUGCCUUCAUCCUGACGGCUGCACCUAAAGACAAGGCAGAGAAGGCCUCAGCUGCUGCAGAGUCUCAGUCCAGUGAGGACAGUGAAGAAGAAAUGAGCACCCUUCCCUACAGUAAGAGCCAUGUCCAGCUCCAGAUUGAGCAGGGUGGAGGGAAGGUUUACGAGGACUUCAAGAGGAUGCAGGAAAGGUCCAAAUCCACCCAUCUCUACCUGAUUGCUGACAGCUUCUGCCGCACCAAGAAGUACUUCCUGUCCCUGGCACACGGCAUCCCGUGUGUGUCCCACCAGUGGAUCAGGGACAGCUGUAGUCAGGGGUGUCUACAGGACUACAAGGCUUACCUGCUGCCAGCUGGGAGGAGUCUGGAGACCAGGAGGACUGUAGAAUGGCAACCACGAGGUCGAAUUUUCCAGAACAUGGGUGCACUUGUUGUGUCUGAAAGCAGAGACUUCAGAGACGUGUGGGCUGACAUUCUGGUAGCAGCUGGAUGUGUAAUGGCUAAGAAGGUGUCAAAGGAGGAGGCAGAAAGUGCCCCCCUGGACUGUGAUCUUGUGGUCAGUGACCCCUCGUGUCCAGGGUCCCUUGUACAGAGGGCAGGACAGCUGGGAGUCAAUGUGGUGUCCACAGAGUGGGUUAUCCAGUGCCUGAUACACGCACACAGGGUUGGUUACACAGGACACGCAAAGUACAGGCAUGACUUCAAGGACACUUAAUCAUGUGUAGAACAACUGUAUAAAAAGUUUCACUGCCAGAGAAAUAUAGAUUGAACUACUGGUAUUAUAUUGGUAUUAUAUCUUAACUGGACUACCAAACAACUAGCAC